GUCCUGCUUGCCAAGAUGUUGAAGCAAAUCCUCGCGACUCUUACCUUCGUCGUUGCCGCCGAAUAUGUCCAUACACAUAUGACCGAAGAUAGGGAAGUUCCAACCGACUGGUUUAUAGAGGUCAAACGUGCUUCGAUUAAUGGUCAACCAUUGAAAACAAUGCGUGGCAGAAAUCCUCAAGUCUGUGCUUCAAAGUGUCGUAAAAUGAGAAACUGCAGAUCUUUUGAGUUCACAAGAAAUAAGAAACAAUGUCGUCUCUUUCGCGAUGAUGCUUCUACCAAAGUUCUGCAGAGGGAAAAAGAUACUACUUUCUACCAACUAGAGAACUUAAAUGGCAUAAAUACAUUGCUGGGAGCCCGCUUAAAGAAUAAGAAGAGUUUUUAUACAUUCAAACGAACUAACCUCAGGAACUGCAAACGCGAAUGUCAGAAACAUCCAAAAUGCCGUUCUGUCGAAUUUAACUCUCAGAAACGAAAAUGCUCUUUGUCUUCUGCCACACACCAGACUAACAAACUUAAAGUGAAAAACAAAGGAUGGAAUUAUUAUGAACUCAACCAGAAGAUUAAACCUACAACAACUACUACAACUACACGCUUUAUUGAAUGGACAACACCGCUCGUUUCACAUUCCACAACGUCCUCUCCACAAACGCCAACAACAUCAGCUUCAACGCAAACAGCGACAACUUCUACAGAGCAAACAACAACGCCAGUAACGGAGGCAACAGGCCAAACAACAACACUCUCUACAGAAGAGUCAACAGCACCGCCAACAUCAGAGUCUCCAGCACCAUCGAUACCUGAGUCAACAAUGCCAUCAACACCUGAGUCGACAACGCCGUCUGCAACAGGGUCAACAACACCGUCGACACCAGAGUCGACAACACCGUCGACACAAGAGACAACGACGCCGUCUACAGGAAAGACAACAACGCCGUCUACGGGAGAAACAACAACGCCGUCUACUGGAGAAACAACAACGCCGUCUACUGGAGAAACAACAACGCCGUCUACGGGAGAAACAACAACGCCGACAGAAGAGUCAACAACGCCGUCUACUGGAGAAACAACAACAACGCCGAUAGAAGAGUCGACAACAACGCCGUCUACAGGAGAAACAACAACAACGCCGAUAGAAGAGUCGACAACGCCGUCUACAGGAGAGACAACAACGCCGUCUACAGGAGAAACAACAACGCCGUCUACAGAAGAGACAACAACGCCGUCUACAGGAGAAACAACAACGCCGUCUACAGGAGAGACAACAACGCCGUCUACAGGAGAAACAACAACGCCGUCUACGGGAGAAACAACAAAAGAGACAACAACGCCGUCUACAGGAGAAACAACAACGCCGUCUACAGGAGAGACAACAACGCCGUCUACAGGAGAAACAACAACGCCGUCUACGGGAGAAACAACAACGCCGUCUACGGGAGAAACAACAACGCCGUCUACAGGAGAGACAACAACGUCAUCUACAGGAGAGACAACAACAACUACGUCUACAGGAGAGCCAGCAACGCCAUCUACAGGAGAGUCAACAACGCCAUAUACAGGAGAGUCGACAACGCCGUCUACAGGAGAGUCAACAACAACCUCGACAGAAAAAUCAACAACGCCAUCUACGGGAGAGUCAACAACGCUAUCUACAUCUGAGUCAACCGUGCCUUGUACAACUCAGACUGUCUCACCCAGUGCAGAGCAGUCAACAACACUACAAUCUACAAUGCACUCAUCACCAUUGACAACAACGCCAUCUACCGACAAAUCAACUAUUCCUACCACUGUCUCUUGUAUAGAACCAACGCCCUCAACAGCUCAACCAACGACUACCUCGGAACCACCUAUAUGUCCCACAGAGCCAGCAGGAAAAACUUCUCAAGAAACAACCAUUUCUGUUGAACAGACAACAACAGCUUCAAGCAUGCCGACAGAACAGUCUACGCUUUCUACAGAGCAGUCAACAACGGAGUCAACAGAACAAACAACAACACCCUCUACAGAACAGUCAACGUCUUCUACAGAACAGUCGACGACGCCCUCUACAGAACAAUCAACAACACUCUCAACAGAACAGUCAACAACGCCCUCUACAGAACAGUCAACAACGCCCUCUACAGAACAGUCGACGACGCCCUCUACAGAACAGUCAACAACGCCCUCUACAGAACAGUCGACAACGCCCUCUACAGAACAGUCAACGACGCCCUCUACAGAGCAGUCAACAACGCCCUCUACAGAGCAACAGUCAACAACGCCCUCUACAGAACAGUCAACAACGCCCUCUACAGAACAGUCAACAACGUCUUCUACAGAGCAGUCAACAACGCCCUCUACAGAACAAUCAACGACGCCCUCUACAGAACAGUCAACAACGCCCUCUACAGAGCAGUCAACAACACCAAUUAUUGUGACUCCAAAAUACAUUGGAUGCUUCAAGGAUUUCUUACACAUAAAAGCAAUGCAAGGGGAUUUAAUUUCCUCACCAACGAUGACCAUCAAGUUUUGCAGAAUACAUUGCGGAGCAAAAGGUUACAAAUUUGCCGGGCUUGAAGUGGUGAAAAUUUACCUUCAAAUAUGUUUUCCUGUUGCUUGUACGACUCAGCAAGAACAAAAUGUAAACCAGAGGCUUUUUAGUGACGCAAAUGACAAUGUUUCAGGUUGGGAAAAACGCCAUUCCAGACUGUUUUGGAAACGUAGCAAGAUCAACAUGACAAUCAUCAUAGGCUGUUGGUGGUCUAUUCAGUAUGUUACUAAAGUGUUCAGGCCAAGUGCUGUCUUCAGCUUUCGUCUUGGUAAGUCCAAAUACGGUAUAGAUAAGUGGAAUUCACAUAUAACUUUGAAAUUCGUUAGCCUUAGCUUGCUACCAGUCGUUCUGGACUCUGCAGAUGUGAGCUUGGGCAUCCGCCCUGCGGCAUUGAAAGUUGGUGUUCAUGAAUCGGAGUUUGCUGAUUUCAGCAGGAAGAUUCGAACUCGAAAAGACAGGCAGAACAUCAACACAUCAAAAUGGUGA